UAUCUGCUGGAUCUGUUGCAAAGUUCGAGUGAUCGAGCGUCGUUCAUUCAUACCACCCGUGUCGUUGCAUCAUUCAAACCAUAUCACAACAAUGUCGAGAUUGGCUGCGUCAGUGAGAAUCCUUUGCCCGCGUCUGGCAGCUUUUACCAGGAGCUGCAGUCAAAAACACGCGGGUAGCGUGUACUACAGUGACAAGCAAAGAGAGGGAUCUGAAGAUCCACUGUCUUUUGUAGGACGUCAUUUUUUGACACUGAAAGACUUUAGUUCUGAUGAAAUCCAACAUCUGUUAUGGGUAGCAACUGAUUUAAAACAGAGAAUGAAAAUGAAGAAGGAAAUAUAUCAACCAUUGCGUGGUAAAUCUAUGGCUAUGAUAUUCCAAAAAAGAAGUACAAGAACUAGGCUUUCAACAGAAACAGGUAUUUGCACCAAACCUGUUUUACUCUCAACAAGCUCAUUUUGU